UUUGUGCUGGUGGAGAAGCUUCUGGUUUCCUGUGGUGUUUGGUGCUGCGCUGGCUGUUCUUUCUGCUGGCAAUGCUGGACCGAACCAGGACAGGAGGCAGACUGGGUCGUCCUCAUGCUUUGGAGGCUUUGACCUUUACUUUGUUUUGGACAAGUGAGUUACCUGAAACAUAUUAUGGGACACACUUAGAGGGGAUGAAUGAACAGGCUGGUUUCUGUUGACCGGUGAAAGAAAUUCAUCGGAAAAUCUACAAUAAACUGACUGAUCUUAUCUUGAAUAUUUCACCUGCCUGUGCUGACUACCUAAAUAAGGGAUCAAAAUGUAUUACUUUAUGCAUUAUCAGGAAAGCGUAUUCAUGCAUACAGUAAAUAUGCAUUAUUUUAGGUUGUUCUUGUACUUCUCUCAUCAUCGUCUGCCAGAAUGUUUUCAUGAUGUCGUCCGCAUUUCUGUAAUCGUUACGCCCCCUGGUGUCGUGUCAUGAAGCCUGAUGAUGAUGAUGAUGUGUCAGGUGUCUCUGAUAGGUGUCAAUCUACGUUUCAGGUUGGCACACGUCCAAAGCUGGUAAUUAUUAAUAGUGUGUCAUCAGUCACAGAUCUUAAGUGCUGUAGCUGACUGCUGUGUUUGGUGUUUAUCCCCACAAACACUAAACAUUGCAGACAUGUCCAUAAGAGGAAGUGGCCAGCAAGUAUUUAAAUUAAGUGCAUCCUUAUAUUUUCUCAUCUUCUUUGAGUUAGGGUUAACAUGCUCAGUGUAUCUCAAGUAGGACACAGGAUGUUUGGACUUCCUGCAGAGUCUUUUGGAAACAUUGGUCCUGAUUUAGAAACUGUUUCCAUGUUUACCUAACCUCGUUUUUCAGUGGUCUGAGUUUUUCCUUUGAGCCAAGCAACGUGGGCACCUGAUCAAAGCCUCCAAACUGCACGUUUACUCGAUCACAUCAGUAAUGUUCUAAUGAAGCAUAAUAUGGCUUCUCUAAUCUGGUACCGUGUUUGCAGCUAUCUGGUUAUACAAGAUGAAUUUCUAAAUAGGAUUUCCGUGAGCUACAAAUUCAGCUAAACAGGAAUUGAGCAAUUUCAGCAGCAAAGUCAGUCAAAUGAAAAACGGUUUAAAAUUCUCUGCGAGGGUGAGUGUCUCACAUGUGUUUUCCUGGGUUUGCCUGAUUGGGUCUUGAAGGGAAAACACUUUAUACUGUAGCUAAAUCAGAACACACAGCUCCUCUGGUAUCAAUAGUGAACAUACCCAGGCUGUUGUUUUUGGACUGCAACAGUGUACUCACCUUAUGACCUUUGUGUUUUUCAAAUUGGACUUUAAACUACUCAUCUUAUUCCUUUUUUUAAACAAACCAAAAUGUAGGUCAACAACAUUUAUCAUUCCAUUCAUUCAACAUUCAUCAUUUUUCUUAUCUGGAAGACGGGGUUGGAGGAUUGCAGUCUGACUUCUCUCUCUGUGACUCUCCCUCCCGAAAUUUUGAUGGGUUUUCCAGUUGUCCUACAGUGCACGUCAAUGCCAACUCCAGGCUCACUGCUGUUUCCUCUCUGCAAGGGUUUAGGCAGUUGUGUGUAAUUGUUAGUGUGAACCAUGUUUCAGCGACACAGAUUUAUAUUACACGAGUGACGUGAGAGAAUUUAUUGCUGGGCGUCAGUUCACUGUCUUAGCUGUUCUUUUCACUUUUCUUUAUGCAAUCUUUACUCCUUCGCACGAUCCCAUGCUUUCUUAGCAGUGAUGUCGUCCACCUGCACUCACUGUCCAGUAUCUGAUCUUCUCCUCUCUCCUCUCUCCUCUGUGUCUGUGCUGCCCUUUCUCCAUUAUGUCCAGAUGUUCCAGUGUUUCAGUCCGUUGGCUGGGCUGUUUGUGCCGGGUCUUGUGUCAUGGUAACUGUGGAAACGUGUUUCAAGAAAUGAUGCAGGCGGUUGUGGGGUUAUAAAAACACAAUUUCGAUGAAAGACAUUUAGAUAAGCAUCGGCAAUGAAACAUGCAAGCUCAAACUGUUCUUUACUAACUUGAUACAAGACUGUAUUGAGAUUUAUUGCUAAUGAGUUACUGAUUAUGAUAGAUAACUCUGCAGUGGAGCUUCUCUUCUCCUAACUCUUUGCUCCCUUUGUUUAUUUCUUUAUUUCCUAACAACUGAGAACUUGGUGUCUAUAAACAUCAGAAGUAAAAAUGUGAACAGCACCAGCUCUGUUUUGAGUUCAUUGGCUAAGAGGGAAUAGAGUGCCAGACCAUUAACAUGCACACUGACCAAGUUGUUAUCACAGAACUGGUUGCAUGAAGCCUUAAUGAGGUUCGUCUGACUCCAAUAACACCGGUAUAAUAGCAGGUGCAUUAUAAAGAUAUUAACAGUAAUCUGAGGAGUACCACAUCAUUGCUAACCCCACAAAGUAAACCAGCUGUGCUGCCCAAAGCAUUUACUCACAGAAAACUAUGCUGGCUUUCUCUAGUCUUCUUUUCCCUUUGAGAGUCUAUUUCAUGGAUGGAUUACUGACCUACUCGGCGGAAGUCCAGGGACCCAAGAGAUCUGGGAGCGUGCAGAAUCACUGGACUGAAAUCUACCACUUUGUUGAACAUCUAGCUCACAAAUUCAUAAGUCCACAGUUGCGGAUGUCCUUCAUUGUGUUUUCCACUGAAGGACGGAUCUUAAUGGGCCUGACAGAAGACAGGGAGCGCAUUCGAAAAGGUCUGGAGGAGCUCCAGAGGGUACUUCCUGGGGGAGACACCUUCAUGCAUGAGGGCAUCCUGAGGGCCAGUGAGCAGAUAUACUAUGGAAACACUGAAGGUUAUCGCACUGCCAGCGUUAUCAUAGCUCUGACAGAUGGAGAGCUGCACGAGGACCUUUUCUACUACGCUGAGAGGGAGGCCAACCGCUCCCGAAGCCUGGGUGCCACAGUUUACUGCGUGGGGGUGAAGGACUUCAAUGAGACACAGCUGGCAAAGAUCGCUGACAGUAAGGACCACGUCUUCCCUGUGAAUGAUGGAUUUGAAGCCUUGCAAGGAGUCAUCGACUCGAUCCUGAAGAAGUCCUGCAUUGAGAUCCUGGCAGCAGAGCCCUCUAGUAUCUGUGCAGGAGAGUCCUUUCAAGUGGUGGUGAGGGGAAAUGGAUUCCUGCACGCUCGCAAUGUCGAUAAGGUCCUGUGCAGCUUCCGCAUCAACGACACCGUUACGAAGAUGGUGAAGCCUUUGAUUGUGGAAGAUACCUAUCUCCUCUGCCCUGCACCAGUACUUCAAGAUGAGGGGAUGACAGCAAAUCUUUAUGUCAGUAUGAACGAAGGUCUCAGUUUCAUCUCCAGUUCGGUCACCAUUACCACAGUGGGAUGUUCUGAUGGGACCAUCCUGGCCAUAGCUCUGCUCAUCCUGAUGCUGCUCCUGGUCUUGGCUCUCCUCUGGUGGUUCUGGCCUCUGUGCUGCACUGUGAUCAUCCAUGAACCCCCGCCACCGGCUGUGGAGGAGAGCUCGGAUGAUGAAGACUUUGACGCCCCCAAGAAAAAAUGGCCGACUGUAGAUGCCUCCUACUAUGGAGGAAGAGGAGUUGGUGGCAUCAAAAGAAUGGAGGUUCGCUGGGGUGAGAAGGGCUCCACCGAAGAAGGAGCAAAGCUGGAAAAGGCCAAAAAUGCCAAAGUGAAAAUGCCUGAGCAGGAGUAUGUGCAGCCCCCUACGAGGGUUUUAAACAACGGCAUGCACAAACCCCCAGGGCCGCGCAAGUGGUACUCACCCAUCAAGAGCAAACUGGAUGCAUUGUGGGUACUUUUAAAAAAAGGCUACGACCGUGUCUCAGUGAUGAGACCACAUCCGGGUGACAAGGGCAGAUGCAUGAACUUCACGCGUACAAAGUCUCCCCCAGCUCACUACCCAUAUUACAACCACCAGUCAUCUCCCAUCUACAACCCUCCCCCUCCUCCACCACAGGGCACCCUCCCACCAACCCCUGGCAGCACUCCAUCAUCCCCAUCGUUCUCCUCCAACCUUCCACCGCUGCCUCCAACACCUCCUCCCACUUCCACCACUCCCUCUCCUCCCAUCACGCCUCCUCCUUACACACCACCUCCAAACCGGGCUCUCCCUCCGACCAACCUGCACAUACCGGCCCCGCCAGCGCUGCCACCCACCCCUCCUCCAUCUGCUUCCCCCACUGUUGCCCUUCCUCCUGCUCCACAGGGACCUCCUCCGGGAAGAGCCCCUCCACCUUCUCGUCCCCCACCUCGCCCUGGCCUAUAGAGCUCUGGCAGCAGACGGGAGAGAGGACAGGAUUUAAUAAGGCAACUCAGAGUCCCCCCCUCCCCCUCCAGCAAUCGGCACAUGACCAUCCUUGUACCUGCGAGUGAGGACAUGCGAGUGCCUCUAGCCACGCUCGGUGGGCUGUGGCCUUUCUGCCUUGUGAAGUGGAGCAGUGAGGACAUGUUUCCUGCUAUUUGUCUACAGUGACUUUUGUACACAUUUAGCCCAAUAGUGCAAUUGCUCUGAUGCUUGAAUUACACAGACAUUCCCUGCAAAUGAGGUCAUGUAGGCCAGCUCAAAAACAUUUAUCCUUCAUGGUCCUCAGAACUGCUUCAGGCCCUGUUGUCCCCUUCAUGAGCACGCAAGAUUGGAUGAAUCUUGACCAAGCAGAGGAACAAAGGCAGAGUCGUGCUCAAAAUGUCCAUUACACUAUAAUAUGUGCCUCUGUAACAUUCCUAUCUUUCCUGAUUAAAGGAGAUUAAAGACUCAUAUUACAAAUGUUCCCCACACAGCAGAUUCAGAGGAAUCUGAAAAUCCUCCCUUUUUUGUACUGAAUGUUGAGCAAUUGCAUGCAAUAGUGUUUGAGUCAGCAUCUUUCUUAUUUUGUUUAAACUUUCUACUUGUUUAAUCCAACAUAGACACAUUUUUUAUUUGUACUUAAAUAGUCAAGUAGACCACAUUUUCUUAAUUUCUGAGGUGAGAAAAGCAGUCAUUGCAAAGUAAUUGUUUUGAAACAGCAAUGCAACCAUCUUUUGACAUCCACGCAUUAAACCAGCCUAUGUGAGUCACAGCUGGUCUGUCAUCUGUGCACACCACACAGAAACAAUAAACUGAGAUUUAGACACUAAUAAUUACUAUGACUGGCCUGACCAACAUGUCAGCUACAGUUGCAUAUACUCUGACUGUGAGUACGUGGACAAAAAAUAUGUCAGUCAGGGAACAGCUUUGCACAUCACCUUGCUCAUCCACCCACGGCCUCUUGCAAUAUUUGUAAAUAAUAAUUUUGAUAUAACCAUGUGUGUUCAGAUAUCUGUGUGUGUAUGUGUGUGUGUGUGUGUGUGUGAGAGAGAGAGAGAGAGACUAGUCUGCUACACAAUGUAUUUGUGACAGACAAUUCCCCGGUAAACUGACGUGAGUUAAUAUGCAGGUUUUAUCAACUUAAAUAAACUGAUGUGUUUUUUGUUUAUUUGGUUUUUUUCCACAAGGUGCUUUAAGUUCCUCAAAGUGCACAUGGAGAACAUGAUAAAAGCACUCAUGGGUCAUCUAAGGCUCAAUGUCGAUUAAAUAAAGUUAAUAUGAAUGCAGAUUACAAGCUCAUCCUUUAGAAAUCAGAAAGGGGUUUUUUCAUUCAUAUAAACGUCACAGUAUAACUGAACUAAAGACUGUAACUUUCCACCAAUGCAGCAUGUAGACGCCUGUUUGUUUGAAAUGAAAGUAAAUGAUUUAAACGUAUUCAAUUGGAGUCUCUUUUUUCUGUAUUUUUCUUCAAAUACAAUUUCUGAUCUGUAAACCGCUGUGAUUUACUUCCUGACAAUGUGAAAACAACCACUAAGCUGCACUUUGUUCUCUAAAG